AGAUACAUGUUAAAAGAGUAUGAAUAUUUUUAUAGGUCAGGAGUUCUGUUGGACCAGGUUUUUAGUUUCCACUCUAAUUUUUGAUACAGAGCUUCUUACAAACUGAGAGAUUGUUUAUGACACUAAAUGCAUAACUAUCAUUUUAGCUGCAUUUCAAUUGUGCAAAGUUUAUUUUGUCCCUGCUGUAAUGGCUGACAGUGAGACUGAUUUUACACUUGUAUUCCAUCCCUACAACUCAGGAUAACAUGAGACACCUGCAUGAUGAUAACUGGGAAUAAAACCAAAGAUAACUGUUUACCUUCACUCAUUAACGCAACUUACAUCUGUUCCUGUUCCUUCAGAGCAUCGAUACUUUUCAUCAUGUUCACUCAGCCCACCCAGUCCUACCACAACGGGGCCUACAUGUCCCUGAUGAAAGGUUUAAAAAAACUGGACUUCCGGGGCCCCUGUGUUCCCUGUGACCUGGUGCUAACUGCAGACGAUGCCUUUCCUUUAGCAAUCAACAGCCAGGGCCAUGUCCUGAUGGCAGCCUCUCUGUUUGGCCGUGGGAGGAUUGUGGUCCUGGGUCAUGAGGGCUACCUGACUGUCUUUCCUGCUCUGGUAGAGAAUGCUCUGACCUGGCUGAGAGGAGAUGGCUCUGACAACCUGUCUGUGGGGGUCCAACAAAACAGCAAGGCAGUUGCUGAUAACCUCAGCAAGUCUAGCUUCCAAGCCAAAGUUGUGCAGGCCUUCAGUGACAAAGUGGGGCUUGGUGUGUAUGUGACAGAUGCCUACAGCGUGGGUGCAGAUGUGAAGGAGCUGGUGGCAUUUCUGAAAGCUGGAGGAGGAGUGCUGAUAGCAGGGCAGGCAUGGCACUGGGCUUCAACUCAUCCUAAAGAGAACACAGUUCUACAAUUCCCAGGGAAUAAAGUGUCUGGUGUGGCAGGGAUCUACUUCUCUACAGAUUAUGGAAAAGCAGAGAUCAUACCUGUCCACCCUCAGAUCCCCUCCUCAUGGAAGGCUCUACGUCUUGGAAAACAUUUUGAAGGUGACCUGGAGUUCUUACUCCAGGGGAUUUCAGAGUUUGACUUCAGGCGGGAUUCCGUGUUAUCUGAGGUUCUGGUCCACGGACCACUGGCCUUCCCCAUUGGUACCACUGAGGAUGGAAGGGUGUUCCUGGCAGGAAGCUACUAUGGGAAGGGACGAGUCAUUGUGAUCGGACAUGAAGCACUUCUGACAGUAGAGAAACUGGCUCCAUUUUGGACCAAUGCCAUUGAUUGGUUGGACCAGGGCAGGAAGGGGGUCAUUGGUGUUGUGCCAAACCUCGGACUUGCCAGCAAGUCCGGGUUGAAGCAUGAGGAGACAAUGUUCAGGAGAGACCUGAGUGUAUUUGUGUGUACAACAUACGGUGAUCAUAAUGCACAGGAAAUCCAAGACUUUGUAGCACAGGGAGGAGGCCUGCUGAUUGGUGGGCACGUUUGGUACUGGACAUACAAUAAUCCAGGAAACCCAAUGACAGAAACCACAGGGAACAAGAUCCUGAACAAAAUGGGCUUGAGCCUGACACCAAACACAAUUGAAUCAGGUUCCUACAAGGCUCCUGUGCCAAGCCAGGCCAUGAAGGACACUGGCCACUUCCGUCAACGUCUACACCAUUUUGCUGCUCAUGUUAUCCAGGGCAACAAACUUGGCGACAAACUUGCCAAGCAUGAGGAGGACGACCUUAAAAAACUGGCCAUGGAGUGUGACUACUUCUUGAAGUUGGAGGCUCAUGACAGCUACUCCUACAAUCAUGUGCUGUCCAUCCUCACUGACAUGUUGAAGAAGUCUGGCAUGAAACCGGUGAGUGAGAAGAACCCUGUGAAGAGUCCCAGAGAUCACCUGCUCCUCAGUUUGGGGACAAAGGCAUAUAAAGCGUCCCCAGAUCGUGAUGCUCUCCUGCCGUACCUCAUCAAGCAGAUCCCCGUGAUGCCUUUCAUGGAAAACCAAAGGAUCAGGAUUAAUGCCAACACGGCAGGAGAGGAGGAGUGGAUCAGCACAGGUCUGUACCUUUCUCCUGGUAUGAAGACUGAGAUCACCAUACCAGCAAACAUUGUCAACAAGAGCUGGAAGAUCCAGAUCGGCUGUCAUUCAGACACCCUGGGUCAUGCAGAGUUAAAGAGAGCACCAACUGUUGUUGAGCGAUUUGCUGUUACUGCAGAGAAGAUGCAGGUGUGGAACUUGUGGGGGGGACUCAUCUACCUGGUGGCUCCACCCAACACAAAGGUGGAGGGGGCAGAGGUGAUAGUGCAGAAAGCUGUAGCUGCUCCCUAUUACAAGUCUGGUGUGACAACAGCUGCUGAUUGGUCACUGCUGCGCACAGCUCCUGCACCCUGGGCAGAGUUGGAGUUUGAAAACAUCGUCCUUACUGUACCAUCAAAUGCUGUUCGGAGCAUAGAUCGCCCUGAUAAGUUGGCAGCAUUCUGGGAUGAAAUCAUGAGGGCCAUCGCUGACCUGGCCGUCAUACCACACACAUUUCGGCGCAAGGAACGUUUUGUAACUGAUGUGCAGAUUUCCUGCGGUUGGCUACAUUCAGGAUAUCCUAUCAUGGCACACAAUGCCACAGCAGCUGAAGUGGUCAGCAUUGACUGUGCUAGGAAAACAGGCAUGUGGGGGCCCAUCCAUGAACUGGGACACAACCAACAGAGAAGCUGCUGGGAAUUCCCAUCACACACCACUGAGUGUACAUGCAACCUGUGGUCAGUGUAUGUGCAUGAGGAGGUGCUGGGAAUCAACAGGGCAAAGGCUCAUCCCAACAUGACUGUAGCAAAUCGAAAGAAGCGAGCAGAGACGUAUGCUAAGGCGGGAAAGAAUCUCAGUGACUGGUUCAUGUGGGUGGCCUUGGAGACAUACAUGCAGCUCCAAGAAAAGUUUGGCUGGGAUGCCUUUAAGAAGGUGUUUGCUGCCUACCACAAGAUGAGCAGCUUCCCGAAGGACAACAAAGGAAAGAUGAACCUGUACGCUGAGACCUUCUCCCAGAGUGUUGGGAAGAACCUGACUGGAUUCUUUAAGUCCUGGGGCUGGCCCAUAGACACAGCCACUGAGGAGAAACUCUCCAAACUGCCUCCCUGGUGUGACCACCCCAUGGUCCAGUAUGACUAAAUUUUAGACUGUAGCUGAUUAAAAGUGCAGAGAGAUGGGUGUUAGUUUAUAACUGGGUUUUAAUCAUGAUACAUUUUGCUCCUCCCGGCCCCCAAGUAUUGAUUCAGACUAUUUUUAUGCUCUUAUAAUGUGCAUAAAAUGUGGCACCAACCAUCAUUACUUUCUAGUGUUAACCUUGAAUGCAUCUCAUGAAAACACACUGACAAAUUACCACUUGUUUGUGUUGUGGCUGGACCGGAUUCUGCAAAGACAGUAAGGCAAUACAUAAUCUGUGACCUUAUUUCUAUGACAUUUGAAAAGUUAAAUGUAAGGUGACGAUGGGUUGGGUGUGGUCUACACCCCACUAAUAAAGGUAAGAUCUGACGUGAGCCUCCAGCUGUUUGCCAAACUCUCCAUCCAGUCUGGCUACAACAUAGUAUGUCACAAAAAAUGUCAUUAAAAUAGUUGAUAAUGGUGUGUACUCAGUCAUAUGCUGGCUCCCUUAAAAAUUAAAUCUUGGGUCUUCUUUUAUGGCCAUAUUACCUAUAAAACUCUUACAGGUAUUAGACGUUUCUGUUUUGGGGUCAGUAAGCUGUCUUGCAUUGAUUGAUAAUUUGCUUUUAAGCUGUUACUUUACACUAUAGAUUUCUGUAUUAAUCCUAGUAAUUGCUUCUUGGGUGGUGUUUUAUACUGUAAACCUGAAGUGGUGGCUCAGCUUUUUGACAAGACAAGAAAGUUAAUUUCUUAAUUCAUUCAUUUAUUCAUUUAUACACCACUGUAUAGCAGUACUUGACCACUGAUUCAGGCUGUAUUUGUAAGACAGACACUUAUUGUGUUUUCCAGUUGUGUAUGUUGCCUUUUGCCUUUCCUGUCAAUAAAAAAAGGGUACA